CACCCCAAACACUAUUCAUUUCAUCUUGUGUCCUCCUGAACCUCCACACAGAGCUCAGUUACCCCUGCUGGAUUUAUUGAUCCCACGAUUGUCUUGGCACGCGUCAUUUGAUUUUCAUCCAUUUUAUAAUAUAUAUUAUUUUUUUGUUAUCAUCAACUAAUUUCACCUGUUAGCAGCAGAGGUGUUGGCCUGCCAGUAUGGCACUGAAUGGUUCACAGUCGGAUGUAAAGGGUUCGCUGAACGGAAAUUUGGAUUUGUAUCACACCUGGUUUGGUCCUUCGCCCCCACGUCCUCCUCUUAAAAAUUACCUGCUUUUAACCAUCCUCACCUGCUUCUGUCCCGCUUAUCCCAUCAAUAUUCUGGCUCUGGUCUUCGCUGUAAUGUCUAAAAACAGUUAUGAGCAGGAAGAUUACGAAGGCUCAAGACGUUUAGGAAAAGUGGCUCUGUAUGUGUCCAUCGCCUCCAUUAUCAUUGGCAUUAUCAUCAUCGCCAUUUUCUUCACUGUGCACUUCACCACGAAAGCGAUUUAGGAGGAUGAUAUUGUUGUCCUGAGCGGUCUCCUGAGCACAAGAUGUCCACAUGGUCGUUUCUCUAAUGAACUGCUUAAAGAUUUUAGACCUAAAGACCUUCAGGAUCUCCAUCUCUACAUGAGAAGAACCACAGAGAAAGGCUGAGGGCGGGGCUUCAUCCCAUGAUGUCAUCUCUUCUGACUAUCGCAUUUUGUUUUCAUGACAAAGAAGAUAGCUUUCGUAAUAUAGUAAAUGUUGAAACAGUCAAGAAAAACAAUGAGAAAAUUGAAUCAUAUGUAACUCGUCAUGCAGGUUAACACCAUUCAACAUAUGCACUUUAAAUCAGUAAAUAUGAUCUAAUGUUUUUAAAUGGUUAGAUGUGUUUAGGGUCAUACUCAAUAUGUAAAUAUUAAAACAUUAUAUUAUAAUGUUUUAUUAUGAUAAAAUUGGUGCUUGGGCUUUUGUGAAAUUCUACACUAAAUCAAAGAAGGUCUUACUUUUUAUAAUGAUGUCAAACACACAGAUUUCUGGGCUUUGUAUGUAUUUAAAUAAAAAAAUGUUCUUUGUU